CGGCAAGGGUGUCAAGGUCCCGUAAAAUCUGGCUUUUCUCCCUCCCCAUACCCCGCAGUCCCGCACACACACUCGCUUUCUUCGGUUCUUCCUCCUCGAGCAGCCACUUCCGUCUCUAACCCUACAGCGACGACGAGAGCGAGGCCAUGAAGGGGAAGAAGCCGGUCAAGGAGCUCAAGCUCACCGUGCCGGCGCAGGAGACCCCGGUAGACAAGUUCCUGACGGCAAGUGGCACGUUCAAGGAUGGUGAGCUGAGGCUCAAUCAGAGCGGCUUGCGGCUUAUCUCUGAGGAAAACGGGGAUGAAGAUGAAUCUACAAAGCUGAAGGUGGAAGAUGUGCAGUUAUCAAUGGAUGAUCUUGAGAUGAUUCAAGUCAUUGGCAAAGGAAGCGGUGGUGUUGUCCAGCUAGUGAGGCACAAAUGGGUGGGCACAUUAUUUGCCUUAAAGGGUAUUCAAAUGAACAUUCAGGAGUCAGUUCGUAAACAAAUAGUACAGGAGCUCAAAAUAAACCAAGCAACACAGAGCCCUCAUAUAGUUAUGUGCCAUCAAUCUUUUUACCACAAUGGUGUAAUAUAUCUUGUUCUUGAGUACAUGGACCGUGGAUCGCUUGCAGACAUUGUUAAGCAAGUGAAGACUAUUCUGGAGCCAUACCUUGCAGUACUUUGUAAGCAGGUCUUGGAGGGUUUAUUGUAUCUUCAUCAUCAAAGGCACGUGAUUCACAGGGACAUAAAACCAUCUAACUUGUUGGUCAACCGUAAAGGUGAAGUCAAGAUUACCGACUUCGGAGUGAGUGCUGUGCUAGCAAGCUCAAUAGGUCAGCGAGAUACAUUUGUUGGAACCUACAACUAUAUGGCGCCUGAGCGGAUUAGUGGUAGCACUUAUGACUACAAAAGUGACAUAUGGAGUUUGGGCUUAGUUAUACUUGAGUGUGCCAUUGGCCGGUUCCCUUAUAUACCUUCGGAAGGUGAAGGUUGGUUAAGCUUUUAUGAACUUCUGGAGGCCAUUGUCGAUCAGCCACCACCUUCUGCACCUGCAGAUCAGUUCUCUCCAGAAUUCUGCUCAUUUAUCUCCUCUUGCAUACAGAAAGAUCCGGCUCAGAGGAUGUCUGCUUCAGAACUCUUGAAUCACCCUUUUUUGAAGAAGUUCGAGGAUAAGGACUUAAACCUGGGGAUUCUUGUGGAGAACCUGGAACCUCCAAUGAAUAUACCCGAAUAGCCUGUCGUUUUUAGUGAUGAAGCCUUUGUUGUGCCUUCAGGGUUUGGCCUCGAAGCCUCUUGGCAUCUGCUCCUCAACUGCAGCCUCCCUACCUGAAUAUGCUAUAACAUCAUUGUAUGAUUCAAGCCCCUUAUCUGAGCAUAAGAGUAGAGGGAACUAUGCUGCAUUCCGUGUAUGGUCACCUUAUUGUAGCUAUUGUUGCGACGGGCCUUGUGAUUUUGAGUCUUGUUUUAACUUUUGCAGUCUUAUCGGCUGUGGAUUCAAAAUGAACGAACUGAAUAUUCAAAA